UCGCAAGAGGAGCACACGGAGCCGGGGAAGUUUCAUCGACAACACCAGUGACCGUCAUGUGGUCAAGGAAGAGUACGAUGAAGUUCCACACCCUACCUCAUACGCACGUGGGCCAGUAUAGGUGCAGGAUGCUAAUUGGGGCAUCUAGGUACGAGUAAGCUCGUCACCACAAAAAAAAAGGAGAGAACACGUACCUGCAAUGCUUUUGAAAUCAUCAAAAACGACAGAGAAAGACAUGAUGAGCAAGAUGUGUGCAUGUGAAAGAAGAAGGAGGAGGAAGAAGACGAGAAGAGGAAAGAUUUGCGAUCUUGUCCACGACACCCAUGUAUUGACGCCUCACGACAGCAGUGGCCAGUUUGUACCAGAAAGUGUGCAUAUAUGAUACCACCCAGAAAGAAGAAGCAA